AUGCCUUUGCUUGCUGAAAGCAGCAAGGGAGAUUUGCCACUCUGCUUGGGAUUUCUGUGUGCCUGUGAAAGCCUCAAGAAGCUCGGAAACGGUCUGGUAAAAGCAUCUACUUGUGAUGGUGCGGACCGAAAUCGAGAUCCAAGGCUGUACCUGUUGGCAGAGUCCCACGGCCCUGAGCGAAGCGUGGCAACCGUUGGUCACUGGCCUCACCAGAGCACAGAGCAGCCCCGGGAGGAGCCCUCAGCCAGCUCUCUAGGACAGAUUAAGUUUAACCCCACGGUGCGACACAUUGUGAUUAAUGAGCACAAGGAUGUCACGUUUAAUUGCUCCAUCAAAGUACCUCAGCUGCUGCUCAGGCCGGACACCCCAGGCAUUUCCUUGUGGAAGGACGGGAGGGAGCUGCAUGUGCUGGACCGCAUCGCCACCAGCCACUUCGAAAUCUCCGACGAGGAGGAGGUGGCAAUGACCUCCACCUUCAGCAUCCUUGCCGCCCAGCGCUCGGAUAACGGCUCCUACGUUUGCAAACUCAACAUCUCUGGCACAGAGGUGGUGUCAGAUCCCAUCUCGGUGCAGCUGGAAGGGCUCCCACACUUCAUUCAUCAGCCCGAGAAGCUGAAGGUCACCAAGAACAGUCCCUUCAACCUCACAUGCCAAGCCGUGGGCCCGCCGGAGCCUGUGGAGAUCUACUGGUUUCGCAACAACAUCCAAGUCAAUGAGAAGCCCUACAUCUCCCCAUCAGUCCUGACCGUGCCAGGUCUUAAUGAAACGGCGCUGUUCAGCUGCGAGGCUCACAACAGUAAAGGGCUGACCGCCUCCAACCCGGGGCAGGUCAACGUGAAAGGAAUACCAUCCGCACCCGCCAGCGUGCAUGUCCUCAACCGAACGGCCCACGGAAUCGUGAUAUCCUGGGUGCCGGGCUUUGAUGCAUUCUCUGCCUUGAACAGCUGCAGUGUCCAGGUCAAGGAAGCUGUUCCACGAAGCAACGUCUCACUUCUGCUCUUCAAUACCUCGGUGCCUCCCCACGUGUAUCACAUCCAGCAGCUGGGGCCCAUGGCGGACUAUAACAUCCGCGUUUCCUGUGGGAAUGAAGUCGGCUGGUCGCCGUUUAGCCCGUGGAUAACCGCCAGCACCACCGAGGGCGCUCCAACCACCCCACCACUGAACGUCACGGUGUCAUUCAAUGAAUCCAGCUCCUCCCUGGAGAUCCGAUGGGUGAAGCCGCCCCUGGGGAGGAUCCACGGAGAACUGCAGGGCUAUCACAUCUGGUACAGGUGGCAGAACUCCAAGGGGUUGCAGAAUGUCUCCGCUGAAGCCUGGCAGAACACCAGCGUGGCCGUCCUGCCCGUGGUGGCCACCAACGCCACCUGCUCCGUCCGUGUGGCUGCAGUCACCAAGGGGGGAGUGGGACCUUUCAGCAGCCCAGUGGAGGUCUUCAUCCCCGGCAGCGGAUUAAUAACCUCAGCGCCCUCUUCGACUCCAGCCUCCGGGAACGCAGACUCCUUUAUCAUAGCCCUGGGCUUUAUCUGCGGGACGAUUGCUGUUGGGCUGAUCCUCUGCUUGUCCGUGGUCAUCCAGAAAAGAUGCAUGGAAACAAAAUAUGGGUAAGACGAAGGGAAAACAGACUCGGAGCUGGCAGUGAACUACACGGCCAAGAAGUCCUACUGUCGGAGAGCCAUUGAACUUACGCUGGGCAGCCUGGGCGUCAGCAGUGAGCUCCAGCAGAAGCUGCAGGACGUUGUCGUGGACAGAAACGCCCUCAGCCUGGGGAAGGUCCUGGGAGAGGGGGAGUUCGGGUCAGUGAUGGAGGGGCGUCUCAGCCAGCCUGAAGGCACCCCGCAGAAGGUGGCUGUGAAGACUAUGAAGUUGGAUAACUUCUCCCAAAGGGAGAUAGAAGAGUUCCUCAGCGAAGCAGCGUGCAUGAAGGACUUUGACCAUCCCAAUGUCAUCAAACUCCUAGGCGUGUGCAUCGAGCUGAGCUCCCAGCAGGUCCCCAAGCCCAUGGUGAUUCUCCCAUUCAUGAAAUAUGGCGACCUGCACAGCUUCCUGCUUCGCUCGCGGCUGGAGAUGGCUCCCCAGUUUGUGCCCCUGCAGACGCUGGUGAAGUUCAUGGUGGAUAUCGCCCUGGGGAUGGAGUAUCUGAGCAGUCGGCACUUUCUCCACAGGGAUUUGGCGGCUCGAAACUGCAUGUUACGGGACGACAUGACGGUGUGCGUGGCAGACUUCGGUUUGUCGAAGAAGAUUUACAGCGGCGAUUACUACCGUCAGGGCCGAAUAGCAAAAAUGCCGGUGAAGUGGAUUGCCAUCGAGUCCCUGGCUGACCGCGUCUACACCACCAAGAGCGAUGUGUGGGCAUUUGGCGUUACCAUGUGGGAGAUAGCGACCCGCGGGAUGACGCCCUACCCAGGAGUGCAGAACCACGAGAUCUAUGAGUACCUCUUCCACGGGCAGCGCCUGAAAAAGCCCGAGGACUGCUUGGAUGAGCUGUAUGAAAUAAUGUUUGCGUGCUGGAGAGCUGACCCUGCCGCCCGCCCGACGUUCUCGCAGCUGAAGGUCCAUCUGGAGAAGCUGCUGGAAAACCUGCCCGCCGUCAGGGGAUCCGGGGACGUCAUCUACAUCAACACCAGCCUGCCCAAGGAGAGCCCGGACUCCACGCAGGAUUCAGGCUUCCCCCAAGCGGACUCUGAUUUGGACCCCGGGGACGUUGCCGAGCCCUGCUCCCCCGGAGCGGAGGCGGCGCUGGUGGCCGUGGACGUCCACCACAACGAACGAUGGGGGACGAGGUACGUCCUGGAGGCCUACGGAUGGUCUGGGCCCCUGCUAGACAGCCCGCUGAGGGAUUUCAGGCUGCAAGACAUCCCCAUCGAAAAUCGCAAGCGGAGCCCAAACGGGAACAGCGGGGUGCUUCAAAAUCCCCUUCUCCCAGGCAGCAGGUUUCCGUCUGUCCUGGCCGUGUGCCGAGAAAACCAUCGGUCCUGUUGCAACGACGAGGAAACAGGAGUCUCCUCCUGCCCUGCCCUGCAAGCCCCCGCGGACGGGAGGAAGUUUGGCACCAAGUAUUUGGUGGAGCACGAGGUUCACUUCACCUGCGACCCGGGCUUCCAGCUCCAGGGCUCCAGCACGCGGACGUGCCAGGCCAACGGCAGCUGGACCGGGCAGGAGCCCCGCUGCGUAG